UACAGGCUAAGCAAGAUCUGAAGCACCUCAGAGCUCCGACCUCCAAGUUAUCCUCCACCGCCACCGCCCUCAUCACACCCCGGCUCACCUUUUCAUCCCACCCACCCCCUUCGCUGUUCAGUGGUGUCCUGCGCGCCUGCAAACCUGCCUGGUGAUUUAGUAAACUGCUCCCUGCUCCUGUUCCUGUUCCUGCUCCUGCUCCUCCUCCUCCUCCACCUCCUCCUGCCAGCUCUCGCUCACGCCUCCUCUUCCAGUCGGGGCACCCAGACUUCGCAAAGCGCAGCGCCUGCCGCCUGCAGCGCCACGGGGCAGCCCAGCGCAUCGCGCUCCCAGCUCCUUCUGGCCGCAGCCAGGGGGCACGGGCGCUGGCAAAGGACGCUCGAGGGCCCAACGCCCCUGGACUCAGCGUGCUCCAGAGCUGGGUGUUGAGAGAAGCUGUGCUUUCAUAAAGCUCGGGAGAGAACGGAGCGCGUUCGGAGUGAGACUUGGGGAGCCAGCGGGACGCCCCAGGUCGCCCAGUACGACGCGGCUGCACGCACCGUCCACAAGGAACCCUCCAUUCAGAAGAAAUGCUGUGGUGCUUCCUUUUAGCCCAUACAAAAUGGAACAUAAGAAACUACAAAGCUGAACAAACUACAAUCUUCUUAUAAAUGAGAGGCACUGAAGUCUGAGCAGUUUCCAGCUGAGGGAAAAUAACCAACAGCUUCUCCACAGUGUAGAUCAAAACAGGGAAAACAUGAAUAUCACUAACUGUACCACAGAAGCCAGUGUGGCUAUAAGACCCAAGACCAUCACUGAGAAGAUGCUCAUUUCCAUGACUCUGGUGACCAUCACCACCCUGACCAUGUUGCUGAAUUUGGCCGUGAUCAUGGCCAUCUGUACCACCAAGAAGCUCCACCAGCCUGCCAACUACCUGAUCUGUUCUCUGGCCGUGACGGACCUCCUGGUGGCAGUGCUCGUCAUGCCCCUGAGCAUCAUGUACAUUGCCAUGGACAGCUGGAAACUAGGGUACUUCAUCUGUGAGGUGUGGCUGAGUGUGGACAUGACCUGCUGCACCUGCUCCAUCCUCCAUCUCUGUGUGAUUGCCCUGGACAGGUACUGGGCCAUCACCAAUGCUAUUGAAUAUGCCAGGAAGAGGACGGCCAAGAGGGCUGGGCUGAUGAUCCUCACCGUCUGGACCAUCUCCAUCUUCAUCUCCAUGCCCCCUCUGUUCUGGAGGAGCCACCGCCAGCUGAGCCCACCCCCUAGUCAGUGCACAAUCCAGCAUGACCAUGUCAUCUACACCAUUUACUCCACACUUGGGGCAUUUUACAUCCCCUUGACUUUGAUACUUAUUCUGUAUUACCGUAUUUAUCAUGCAGCCAAGAGCCUCUACCAGAAAAGAGGAUCAAGCCGGCACUUAAGCAACAGAAGCACAGAUAGCCAAAAUUCUUUUGCGAGUUGUAAACUUACACAGACUUUCUGUGUGUCUGAUCUCUCCACCUCAGACCCUACCACAGAGUUUGAGAAGAUCCACACCUCUAUCAGGAUCCCUUCCUUCGACAAUGAUCUAGAUCACCCUGGAGAACGGCAGCAAAUCUCUAGCACCAGGGAGCGCAAGGCAGCACGAAUCCUAGGACUGAUUUUGGGUGCAUUCAUUUUGUCAUGGCUGCCAUUUUUCAUCAAAGAGUUGAUUGUAGGUCUGAGCAUCUAUACAGUGUCCUCUGAAGUGGCUGAUUUUUUGACGUGGCUCGGUUAUGUUAAUUCUCUGAUCAACCCUCUGCUCUACACAAGUUUUAAUGAAGACUUUAAGCUGGCUUUUAAAAAGCUCAUUAAGUGCCGAGAACAUACUUAGAUUGCAAAAAGCCAAAAAGCAUCACUUUUACCAGCCUUGUGAGUGGACAAGGGUAAGGGGUGCAACUUAUCAAUUUGUGAACAUAAUUGGUUCAGGAAAUUUUGUAAGGUAGUGUGGUCUUUUUGUUUGUUUUGUUCUGUUUUGUCUGAGGUUUGUUAUUCGGUGUGCCGUUUUCUACCUCUGGUUUUAUUGUGGUACAUGAUUUCAAAUAAACAUUAUCAUAUAAAGACAGAAAUUUCAUAGAAAUAAUAAUAAGGUGAAAUAGUAACUACUUUUUUUAGCCAUUUCAGUUAAUCCUGCAAUUAAAGAAUGCCAAAAUAAAUCUUCAUUUGCAGAAUUUCUUAUUACUUAUAAAUCAAAUACCUGAUAACUUGCCUUCGUGUGGCAUUAAACCUGGGGUCAUGCCUCCAUAUUUGUGCAAAUUUUAGUGGGAACUGCAUGACUCCAUAAAGCAUUUCUUAAAAAGUGAUGUGCUGCCAUCUGCUUGCAGACCUGAACCAAAGUCAUUUACUGUGACUACAUCCUUUUAGGUGCAAAUAGUACAGCUGAUGUAUCCUUUUUAGUUCAUGAUUAAAUACACUUCCUCAUUCUCUAAAGAGAACCUGGAAUGAAUCCUCUGCUUUCCUGGGUCUUUAACUAUGAACAUGAAACAUAAACAAAUACAAAAUAACCUAAAUAUACUUUGGUCCGUGUGUUGCCAUAUUACCUGGCAGGCACACUGGACUUCCUCCUAUUCGGAGAAGUGUCACCUUAAGCCUCGCACACACUCCCUCAUGCUGACAGGAUUCAGGUGGGAGUACAAGCAGUUUCACAGGGUGGAGUGAUCAAAUGAAGGAAUUUAUAUUAUCUGAAGAACUGUGUUGGAGAAUGCUACUCAUUAAAUUACCAGUGUGCACUUGGAAAAACAAAAGUUGAACAUCUGUGCUUACACCCAUCAAGGAGAUGAGUGUGAAAUUGUGACCCCUGGAACCUCUGUGGCUUCCAUGCCAGACUGCACCCUGGGGCCAGGAGGCUACAGAUGGGACCUGAGGCCACAUGUGCCUCUCCUCAGCUGGGGUGACUGCUCUAGUCAUGAGGAGGAGCUUACCACUAAGUCACGAGUGAUGACAGAAGGGAAUGAAAGUUUGUAAAUGCUUGUGCACUCUCAAGUCAGUGACUGUUCUACACCUCUGCUCCUCAUGUCAUCCACAGCUUCUCCUCAUCUCUUCACCCUCCAAGGGUCAUAUCUCUUCUUGGUUUACAGAGAAGACCUGCAUUUGCUCCCUCUCCACCUCCAUGUUUUAGCCUUAAAUCUAAGCUCUCUAACCUUUUCUGUAAUCUUGCACCUCUCUCCUUUGCCCCCAACUUCUUUCCCCCAUACCUCUCCUCCCUCACUUCCCCCCUCCCUACCUCCCAUCCCUUCCUCUCCCCACUCUUCUUGAAUCUCACCUUUUCAUUUGCUCAAGUCUCUUGGACACUGGUGUACACUUCCUCUGACCCUGCUUCCCACUCAAGCUCCUGCUUCGUCUCUCUCCUGUCUCUCCCACCUGAGCUUCUCCACUCAUCAAUCCUUCAUUCUGCUCCACCUCUCACCUUCCACUGACUUUCACAUCCUUUGCCAUCUGGGUGUGCCCUUCCUAGCUCUCCUGAAACACAUCUCCCAGUAGGCAAAUAUAGUGGCCUUCCCUCUGUCCUCAUCUUCUUCACAAUCUGUCAUCAGGUAAAACAGUUAAGGGGAGCCUGGGUGGCUCAGUCGGUUAAGCAUUAGACUCUUGGUUUCGGCUCAGGUCGUGAUCUCAAGUUUCGUGAGGUCGAGCCCCACAUCGGGCUCUGCCCUGACAGCACAGAACCUGAUUGGAAUUCUCUCACUCCCUCUCCCUCUCUCUCCCUCUCUACCCCUCCCCUGCUCGCAUGUGCGUGCUCACUCUCUCUCUCUCUCUCAAAACAAAUAAAUAAACAUUAAAAAAAAAAAACAGCUAAGCCUCCCUUUCUUGUUUAAGCCUGUGCUUUCCAGAAUAAUUUACUCCCCUGUUUCUCCAACCACCUCAUUUUUUGUCUCCUUUCCUUUCUCCUGGAGCAUUGUCCUCAGCUCUUACCUCCUGUGUCUCCAUACUCAAUCCUAUCCCAUCAUUUUAACAAUGAGGUCCAUUCCUAUGGCUCUUCAAUUUGUGUCUUUAGUUCUGAUCUCUGUGUUUCUCAAAUUCCAGACCCAUGAAUUACAUCCAGUGAACAUCUCCCUAUGAACUGUCUGUUGGUUCCUCAAACACAGCUUUUCUAAACUGAACUCAGGAUCAUUUUCCCACACUCAAACCUUCUCCUCCUUCCACCUUCCCCACCUCAGAUAACAGGAUUACCAUGCUUUUUAUCAUUCAUAUUAGAUAAAUGUGAUCCUCUCUCUUUGUGGCUUGUCUCUCACAUCCAGAUAGUCCUAUGUGUUUACCUCUACAGAAAUGUUUGAAUAUGAUCCCUUCUUCUCCAAUAAUUUGGUUUCUUCACCCAUUCCAAAUCUUCUUAUCUGAUCUUACCUCUCAAGUCCUUCACCUGUCACUCUGUGGCCACAUAUCUGCAUACCUAUCAGAUAUAUCUUCCUAUGACAGUGGUCUAUCAGAGACAUCUUCCUAGGACAGUGGUCUAUCAGAGACAUCUUCCUAGAACAGUGGUUUUCAGAGGGGCAGUUCCCGACCAGCAGCAUUAGCAUCAGCCAGGAAGUUGUUAAAAAUGCAAAGUCUAGGGCCCCAUUGAAGACAUACUGAAUCAGAAAUUCAGAGGUGGGGGGGCAUCAACUUCCUCUUAUAAGCCCUCCAGGAGAUUCUGGUGCACACUAAAGUUUGAGAAUCACUAUCCCAGAGCAUGCCAUUAGUUUUUAAUUACAGUAUUUAUAAUCCUCUAAUAUUUCCCUAUCAGUUUAAAGAUUCUUUUUUAAAAAAUGAACAUUUAAAAUAAAAAAUAAAUAAGGAUUCCUUAGCAUAAUGUUCAAGGCUCCUUCACUAUGUGACCUUAAUUUACCUUUCCAGAGUUAGGUCUCACCACUUCUUCUCACCCAUCCCAUACUCCAGCAAAGUCUGGAUAUUUUAUGUGCUCUCUGAAUUUCCUUAACAGUUGAUCCCACUGCUUCAGAAACCUGACCCCAUGGCUUUCCAUUAUUUCAUCAAUUCUUUAUCAUGCAACUCAAAUGCAAUCUCUUCUGUAAAGUCUUCCUGAGAUCCUUCUUCCUUCUCUGUCACUAUGAGAGUCCUCUCCCCCAGCUCUAUGUUCCUUAGAACCCCAUUUCUGUCACUAUUAUUAUAUGCAUCCUAUCUUAUAGUGCAUUUGUUUCUGUAUUUCUGCUGUCUGCCCUAAUAUACUGUGAGCUCCUUGAGGGCAGGAACUGUGUCUGUUUCAUCUCUGUAUCCCUAGGGACUCCUACAGUGUUUUACACACAGUGGGUACUCAAUAAAUGUCUGUUAAUGUGAAUGGGAUUAUAUCCCUAGAAGAGAAUGUAAAUGUGCCAUCUUCUCCCAGUGAGAAAACCAAAGUUCUUAAUUCCCAUGGUGCAAUACUGACUUUAUUUUUCCCCAAAACUUACCAUACAACUUCUCAACUUUGUUCCCAAAAAAAUGCUAGAAAAAGCUUCCCUAUGGAAAGAAAAAGAAUUUCCCAUUGAAUAAAUGAAUAGACUUUAUUCAUUAAGAUUCAGUCUAAGCUGCUUUCAAAGAAGAAACCUCCAAAUAUAGUAGUCCAAACAAGACAGUUUUUUUCUCUUUCAUGUGACAGUCAGGAGGUAGGAGCGCAGCCCAGAGUGAGUAGGGGACUCUGCUCCACAACAUUAUCCAGGGACUCAGUUUUAUUCUGUCCUGUGGUUCUGCACCCCCCCCCCCACCACCACCACCCAGGUCUUAUUCUCAUCUGCAUGGCCAGAGCUGACUCACCAUCAUAUCAACAUUCCAGUCCAUAGGAAAGAAGAGAGAGAAGUAGAGAGGAAUUUCCUUUUAAGGAAGUUAUGUGGAUCAUGUAGCUUCUGCUUAUACUCCAUUGGCAAUUAUUAGGUCACAUGGCCACACCAAGUUGUAAAAGAGAAUAGGAGAGUAAAUCUCUAGCUGGGCAGCCAUGUGCCUUGCUAAAAUUGGGGACAUUAUAAUAAGAGGAAGAAAGAGAGAAUGACCACAAAGGGACAAUGAACAGUCUACCCCAAAGGGAUAUUGGUUUCUGUACGUACGGCUCAUAUAUUCCAGGCAAGUCAAUUGGUUACACAGCUAGUGGUGAUCUAUGUACAAGGAUGUUGAGGUUUAAAUCACGGGUUACUUGACUGAAAUUGUGCAUAUGCUGAAAAUCCAGUAUUUAUCAUGCCUAUAUCUCUACUAUCUAGAAAUUAUAUGAGCAACCCUCUUGCUUUCCUAUCAUCAACCACAUAUCAUCAUUGAAAAUUCUUGGCAAUUAUAAGCAUUUUAAAAUGUUAAGAGUCUAAGUAAAUAAAAAACAAAAAGAAGAUGCAUAA